CUUGAUUAGGCUAUAUUUAAGCCUGUGUCAGGCUGGGAAGUUUCAGAUGCCGCACUCAAAUGGAGCAACAUUCCCUUCUAAUAAAAAGACUCCGAGAACUUUGUUUCUUCCUAUUGUUUUACCCUCAACAGUCACAUCUGGUUUCUCACCAUUACAGAAUAAACUAUUGACAUACCGAAGAGUCAAAGAACAGCAAAAGAUGCUUAAUCAGUUACUAAUUGAUCGAGCUUUAAAAGUCUAUCAGCUAUCCAUGGAAGAAAAACAUCAAAGAGCUCCUGUACCUCCUACCCCAGAACUACCUUCAACUAUGAACAGCGAGCAAAAAAAACGAAGAACCAAUUAUCUCUUUAUGAAGAAAUGUGUGCAAAGUAAUCCAGUGGUUCCCAUUCAGCAGGAGUGGCUAAUGUCCAUGCUCGUGUUGGUGCCACAGUCACUCAUGGAAGGCAAAGACAGAGAGCUAUUAGUUGAAAAGCUUUUGGGGGAGAUUAUAAGAGAUUUUGAAAUGAGCAUGAGGAGAUGCGUGGUGCGAAGUGUUCUUAUUAAACCAGAUGUAAAAGGGCUUGAAGAUGAAGAGGAGGCAUCUUUGCCUGUAUCACCUCUAGGCCUGGACUUUUCCAGACCAUGGCAUAACAGUUUUGUCCAAGCAAAAGAGCACAUCCUUUCUAACUUGCACAUUCUUCACCCUACACUAAAAACUUUACUCGGUAUUGGUUAUACAGCAUUCUCUGACUUACUUAUAGUGGAUUUGUCAAGUUUCAGAUCAGGAGGUCCAAUUGACUGUGAAUCCUUAAAGACUGAUGUAUCUUUAAGCUGUUCAAAAUCAGAAGAGAAAUUAUUGAAUACAUGGUAUCCAAGAGUUAUCAAUCUCUUUACUCAGAAGGAGGCAUUUGAUGGUGUUAAGUUGGAUCGGAUUGACUCUUUCUAUAACAGUGUGGCUACACUUAUGUCUAAUCAGCUGAAAGAACUAUUGAGAAGAACUGUUGAAGCUUUUGUGAAACUUUUUGAUCCUGAAGACAGAAGUUGUCUACCUUUGUUUAAGAUGGAAUUGACUCUUGAUGAUGAAAAAAUGGAAUUUUAUCCAAGCUUCCAAGACCUGGAAGAAGCAAUUCUCUUCACAGUGACUCGGAUAGGACAAACUCUUCAGAAUAUCCAAACAGUACAUUCUUGGCUAACGGGAGGCACUACCACCCUGGACACUAAGCUUGCUAAUCAUGUCAUAGCAUGGGCCACAGCUACACUGAAAAAAUCCAUCAGGGACAACUUAGAAGGUCCAAAAGAAUAUUUUGAAAACUAUGUUGAAAGAUAUGGCUGGCUUGUAGAUGGAACUGCAGGUGCACGGAUAGAAAGAUUUGAAGCCGAAGAACACAGUUUUGAUGAAUAUACUGCUUUCAUAGAUGAAUUCUUCACCCUCUCUAAGGAAAUCAUGAGUUUACCACAGCUGGCUAGUUUCCCUAUGAUCCAUUUGGACUGUGAUGAUUUAAAGCAAGGUUUGGCUGAUAAAGCAAAAAACUUUGCAAAAAUUCUAAUGGAGAGAAUAGUUGCAAGUCACAGAGAGGAAAAUGAAAAGAUAUGCAGGGAAUUUGAAGCAAUUAAAGAACGUGCAUUAAAAGUUCCUGAGACCACAGAGGAAAUGAUGGAAACAAUAGCUUACAUAAAGAAGGCCAAAACCAAAGGUAUUCAGGAACUGUUGUUAAGGAUCAAGGAGUGCUAUCAGCGAAUUAAUUACUUUUUAGAUGUUUUUCUGUUUGCUCCUGAAGAUCUUGCACUGAAUGCAACAGUUAUUCUGUGGCCAAAGAAGAUUAAUGCUAUUUUUGAUGAACAUGAUGAUUAUGUGACUGACCUGAGAGCAUUACAGAAACGCAUACAAGAGGCUGAUGAGACAGUCGCUUUUAUUAAUAAAGAAGAGACUCUCUUCAAAUGGAAACUGACUGACUUCCCACUCCUCAACGGUGUAAAAGUUGAGAUUGAACCCUAUCAGAAACUUUUUGGUCUUAUACUGAAGUGGCAGCGAACAGAAAAAAGAUGGAUGGAUGGAGACUUUUUGGAACUAAAUGGGGAAAGCAUGGAGGCAGAGAUUGAUGACUUUUUUCGAGAGAUAUACAAAAUGUCAAAACUCUUCCAGCAAAAGCAGAAGAAAGCUCAGCAAGAAUGGAAAAAGACAUCACAACGCAGAAAUGUAGUAGAAGAGAAGAUAGAAGAAGAAAAAAAGGCAAAUCCAAUUCUUACAAUGUGUUCUUCAGUUUUGGAGCAGAUUAAAGACUUUAAGGAGAAUAUUCCUACUGUGACUGUCUUUUGUAACCCUGGCAUGCGAACUCGUCACUGGCAGCAGAUGUCAGAUAUAGUAGGAUAUGAUUUAACACCAGACUCUGGAACUACCCUAAGGAAAGUUUUAAAGCAGAAUCUAGCCCCUUAUUUGGAACAGUUUGAAGUCAUAAGUGUAGGUGCAAGUAAGGAAUUUUCAUUAGAGAAAGCAAUGCAUGCUAUGAUGGAAACCUGGGCUUCAGUUUCCUUUAAUACAAGUGUGUAUCGCGACACUGGUGUUCAUAUUCUUUCUGCAGUGGAUGACAUUCAAGCUCUUCUUGAUGAUCAGAUUGUGAAAACUCAGACAAUGAGGGGAUCAGCUUUCAUUAAACCAUUUGAGAAAGAAAUCAGGGAAUGGGAAAAUCGCCUAAUUCAAAUUCAGGAGAUUAUUGAUGAAUGGCUGAAAGUUCAAGCUCAGUGGCUUUAUUUGGAACCCAUAUUUUCUUCUGAGGAUAUUAUGCAACAGAUGCCAGAAGAGGGGCGUCUCUUUCAUACUGUAGAUAGAUACUGGAGGGAUAUUAUGAAGUAUUGUGCCAAAGACCCAAAGGUUCUUGUUGCUGCUACUUUGACAGGGUUAUUGGAGAAGCUUCAGAACUGUAAUGAGCUGCUUGACAAAAUCAUGAAAGGGCUAAAUGCUUAUCUUGAGAAAAAGCGUCUCAUCUUUCCCCGUUUCUUUUUCUUAUCUAAUGAUGAAAUGCUGGAGAUCCUGUCAGAGACUAAAGACCCUCUCAGAGUUCAGCCUCACUUGAAAAAGUGUUUUGAAGGCAUUGCCAAACUGCAUUUCCUUCCUAAUCUGGACAUUAAGGCAAUGUAUAGUUCUGAAGGCGAGCGUGUAGAACUGAUUUCAAGUAUUUCUACAUCCGAAGCUCGAGGUGCAGUGGAGAAGUGGCUAAUUCAAGUAGAAGAUAUUAUGCUGAAGAGUGUACAUGAUGUUAUUUCUAAAUCAAGAAUGGCAUAUCCCGAGACUGAGAGAAAAAGUUGGGUUCUGGAGUGGCCUGGGCAAGUAGUAUUGUGCGUGUCUCAAAUGUUCUGGACAAGUGAGGUACAUGAAGCUCUUUGCAGUGGACAAGAGGGUUUAAAGGAUUAUUAUGAUACACUUCAGCUUCAACUUAAUGAUAUUGUAGAACUGGUAAGAGGAAAACUGUCAAAGCAAACAAGGACUACACUGGGUGCCUUGGUUACUAUUGAUGUUCAUGCUAGAGAUGUCGUCAUGGAAAUGAUUGAAAGUGGUGUGCAGAGUGAAACAGACUUUCAGUGGCUUGCACAACUACGAUAUUAUUGGGAAUUUGAGAAUGUUCGUGUCCGCAUCAUCAACUGCAAUGUAAAAUAUGCCUACGAAUACCUUGGAAACUCACCACGCCUUGUCAUUACUCCUCUUACAGACAGGUGUUAUCGCACUUUGACUGGAGCUUUUUAUCUAAAUCUUGGUGGGGCCCCAGAGGGUCCAGCAGGGACAGGUAAAACAGAGACCACCAAAGAUUUGGCUAAAGCUCUCGCUGUGCAGUGUGUUGUCUUCAACUGCUCGGAUGGCCUUGAUUACCUGGCAAUGGGGAAGUUUUUCAAGGGUUUGGCUUCAUCAGGUGCAUGGGCUUGUUUUGAUGAAUUUAAUCGCAUUGAGCUAGAAGUAUUGUCUGUUGUGGCACAACAGAUCCUUUGCAUCCAGAGAGCCAUACAGAUGAAGCUAGAAGCAUUUAUCUUUGAAGGAACUGAACUGAAACUCAACCCAAACUGUUUUGUAGCUAUUACUAUGAAUCCAGGUUACGCAGGACGUUCUGAACUUCCAGAUAAUCUGAAGGUUCUUUUCCGAACGGUAGCCAUGAUGGUUCCUAACUAUGCUCUGAUAGCAGAAAUUUCUCUCUAUUCAUACGGAUUUUUGAAUGCUAAGCCAUUAUCAGUGAAGAUAGUAAUGACCUACAGGCUUUGUUCAGAACAGCUUUCUUCACAGUUUCACUAUGAUUAUGGUAUGCGAGCUGUUAAAGCUGUGUUGGUGGCUGCUGGGAAUCUAAAAUUGAAAUUUCCAAAGGAAGAUGAAGAUAUCCUGCUUCUUAGAUCUAUUAAGGAUGUGAAUGAGCCCAAAUUUUUGUCAUAUGAUAUACCUCUCUUCAUGGGUAUAACUAGUGAUUUGUUUCCUGGAGUCAAGCUUCCUGAUGCAGACUACAAUGAUUUUCUGGAAUGUGCCACUGAAUGUUGUAUUCGACAUAAUGUCCAACCUGUAAAAGUUUUUAUAGAGAAAAUGAUACAGACAUAUGAAAUGAUGAUUGUUAGACAUGGCUUUAUGCUUGUAGGGGAAUCUUUUUCUGGGAAGACCAAAGUUCUCCAUGUGUUGGCAGAUACACUGUCUCUUAUGAAAGAACGUGGUUAUGGUGAAGAAGAGAAAGUAAUUUUUAGAACUGUGAAUCCAAAAUCAGUCACCAUGGGUCAGCUUUUUGGGCAGUUUGAUAUGGUAUCUCAUGAGUGGACAGAUGGUAUAGUUGCUAAUACUUUCAGAGAAUUUGCUUUAUCUGAGACUCCUGAACGCAAAUGGGUUAUCUUUGAUGGCCCCAUUGAUACUCUGUGGAUAGAAAGCAUGAACACAGUUCUGGAUGACAACAAAAAGCUUUGUUUGAUGAGUGGGGAAAUCAUCCAGAUGUCCCUUCAGAUGAGUCUUAUUUUUGAAACAAUGGAUCUUUCCCAGGCUUCACCUGCUACAGUCAGUCGUUGUGGUAUGAUUUAUUUGGAACCAUCACAGCUGGGCUGGACACCACUUGUUACCUCUUGGUUGAGUAAACUGCCUGAACCUCUUAACUUAAAGGAAUAUCAAGAUCUUUUGCAGGAACUUUUUAACUGGUUAAUACCACCAGCAUUAAGACUCCUUCAGAAACAGUGCAAGGAAUUGGUACCUACAAGCAACAGUAAUGUUGUAAUAUCUCUUACACGGCUUUUUGAAAUGUUGAUUUGUAAAACUGUGCAAGAGGAUCCCACCAACAAGAACAUCCGCACGUGGAUUAUGGGUUGCUUUGCUUUUUCUACAAUCUGGUCCAUUGGUGGAACUUGUGACGGUGACAGCAGAAUCCUUUUUGAUACUUUCUUGAGGAAAACUUUGUCAGGGAAAUCUGAAAUAAACCCUGUACCAAAGAGCGUGGGAAAAUGGGAGUGUCCUUUUGAUGAGAAAGGCUUGGUCUAUGACUACAUGUAUGAGCUGAAAGGAAGAGGACGUUGGGUUCAUUGGAAUGAAUUUAUUAAAAAUAUUAAAUAUAGUAAUAACAAAAAUGUGAAAAUUCAAGAUAUCAUAGUCCCAACAAUGGAUACAGUGAGAUAUACUUAUUUGAUGGAACUAUUCAUCACCCACGGAAAACCACUGCUUUUUGUGGGACCAACGGGUACCGGGAAAUCUGUAUAUAUUAAAGACAAGUUAAUGAACAACUUGGAAAAGGAGCGCUACUUUCCCUUCUUCAUUAAUUUUUCAGCACGAACUAGUGCCAGUCAGACUCAGAGCAUUAUUAUGGCAAGACUGGACAAGAGACGCAGAGGAGUAUUUGGCCCUCCAAUGGGAAAAAAGUGCAUUAUUUUUAUAGAUGAUAUGAAUAUGCCUGCUUUGGAGAAGUAUGGUGCUCAGCCUCCUAUAGAACUUUUAAGACAGUUUUUUGACCAUGGAAUUUGGUACGAUUUAAAGGACACGUCCAAAAUUACACUGGCUGAUGUACAGCUGCUAGCUGCUAUGGGGCCUCCAGGUGGUGGGAGGAAUCCUGUUACGCCUCGAUUUUUGAGACACUUCAACAUUUGCACAAUUAAUUCUUUUAGCGAUGAAACAAUGGUCCGCAUCUUCUCUACUAUAGUAGCUUUCUACCUACGGACUAGUGAAUUUGCUCCUGAAUUCUUCACGGUUGGAAAUCAAAUCGUGACUGCCACUUUGGAGGUAUAUAAGAAAGCCAUCAGAAAUCUUUUGCCCACGCCAGCCAAAUCUCACUACACAUUUAAUCUGCGUGACUUUUCACGUGUUAUCCAGGGGUGCUUGCUCAUUAAGAGAGAAUCAGUUGAAAGCAAACAUGUAAUGAUUCGUCUGUUUGUACAUGAGGUAUUUCGUGUCUUCUAUGACCGUCUAGUGGCUGAUGAUGAUAGAGCCUGGUUGUUCAAAUUGAUGAAAGAUAUUGUGAAAGAACAUUUCAAAGAAGCAUUUGAUUUGGUUUUUGCACAUCUGAGACAAGGAAAUACACCUGUAACAGAAGAAAACAUGAGAAGUCUGGUGUUUGGUGACUACCUGAUUCCAGAACUUGAGGGAGAUGAGAGACUUUAUAUUGAAAUUCCAAGCAUUCAACUGUUUGGUGAUGUUGUAGAGCAGUGUUUGGAUGAAUAUAAUCAAACCCACAAAACAAGAAUGAACCUUGUAGUUUUCAGGUAUGUGUUGGAACAUUUGUCUCGUAUAAGCCGUAUUCUGAAGCAGUCAGGGGGUAAUGCCUUAUUGGUUGGAAUGGGAGGAAGUGGACGUCAGUCUUUGACUCGUCUAGCAGCAUUCAUGGCAAAAAUGUGUGUUUUUCAACCAGAGAUUUCUAAAAGCUAUGGUAUGAAUGAAUGGAGAGAAGACCUGAAAACUCUUCUGAAGAAUGCGGGUGUAAAAGGCUUGAAAACCGUAUUUAUAAUCACGGACACACAAAUUACAGAAGAGGGUUUUUUGGAAGAUGUUGACAGUGUACUCAAUACUGGGGAAGUACCCAAUCUUUUUGCAGCAGAUGAAAAACAAGAAAUUAUAGAGGGUGUCCGUGCAGUAGCUCAGGCUGGCAAUAAACAUGAAGAGCUCAGUCCCUUGGCCUUGUUUGCUUUUUUUGUGAACCGCUGCAAAGAAAAUUUGCAUGUUGUAGUAGCGUUCAGUCCAAUUGGAGAUGCUUUCCGCAAUCGUCUGAGGCAGUUUCCAUCUCUCAUCAACUGCUGUACUAUUGAUUGGUUCCAGCCAUGGCCUGAAGAUGCCCUUGAACGUGUGGCUAAUAAGCUCUUGGAAACGCUUCAGCUCACAGACAAUGAGCGUCAGGAGGUUGUGCCCAUCUGUAAAUACUUUCAUACUUCAGUUCUGUCACUCUCUGUAAGGUUCUUGGAAAGUCUGGGCCGGCAUAAUUAUGUUACUCCUACUUCUUAUCUUGAACUUAUUGCUGCCUUUCAGCAACUUCUGACUCAGAAACGUGACACUGUAAUGAAAGCCAAACAAGGAUAUGUGAACGGCCUGGAUAAACUAGCUUUUGCUGAAUCACAGGUUGGUGAGAUGAAACAGGAAUUAGUUCAGCUGCAGCCCAAACUGGAAGAGGCUAAAUUGGAUAAUGCGAACAUGAUGAAGAUUAUAGAAAUAGAAUCUGCAGAAGUAGAACAGAAAAGACAAACUGUAAAAGUAGAUGAAGAGAUUGCUACAGAAAAAGCUGAAGAAGCUCAGACACUGAAGAAUGAAUGUGAAAGUGACCUAGCAGAGGCAAUCCCAGCCCUGGAGGCUGCACUUGCUGCUCUUGACACUUUGAAGCCUUCUGAUAUAACAAUUGUCAAAUCAAUGAAAAAUCCUCCAUCUGGUGUCAAACUUGUGAUGGCUGCUGUCUGUGUCAUGAAAGAUAUAAAACCUGAAAAAAUUGCAGAUCCUUCAGGGACUGGAGGCAAGAUUUUGGAUUACUGGGGUCCUAGCAAGAAACUGCUUGGUGACAUGAAUUUCUUAAAGGAUUUGAAAGAAUAUGACAAGGACAACAUUCCAGCAGCUGUCAUGCAGAAGAUUCGGGCUGAAUACCUGACUAAUCCUGAGUUUGAUCCACCGAAGGUGGCUAAAGCAUCCUCAGCAGCGGAGGGCUUAUGUAAAUGGAUUAUGGCAAUGGAGGUGUAUGACAGGGUUUCAAAGGUGGUUGCACCAAAGAAAGCCCGUUUAAGAGAGGCACAGCAGUCCUUAGCGGAGACACUGGCCCAUUUGAAUCGGAAGAGAGAUGAACUUGCAGCAGUGGAAAAUCAUUUGGCUGCUUUGGAACAAACUUUUAUUGAGAAAACUGAAGAAAAGGCUCGUUUAGAAUUCCAAGUUGAUCUGUGUGCUAAAAAGCUAGAACGAGCAGAGAAGUUGAUUGGAGGUCUUGGUGGAGAGAAGUCAAGAUGGAAUAAUGCUGCAAAUGAUCUUCAAAACACUUACGAUAAUUUGACAGGAGAUGUUCUGAUAUCAGCUGGUGUGAUAGCGUAUCUGGGAGCUUUUACUGCUGGCUUUCGACAAGAAUGUACCAAAGACUGGAGCAAGCUGUGCAAGGAGAAAAAUAUUCCUUGUUCUGAGAAUUUCUCUUUGAGUAACACGCUUGGUGACCCAAUAAAAAUAAGAGCUUGGAAUAUUGCUGGUUUACCAACUGACGUAUUCUCUGUAGACAACGGGGUUAUUGUUGACAAUUCGAGGCGUUGGCCAUUAAUGAUUGAUCCUCAAGGUCAAGCAAAUAAAUGGAUCAAGAAUUUUGAGAAAGAAAACCACCUGAAGGUUAUCAAGGUCACUGAUACAGAUUAUAUGAGAACCCUGGAGAACUGCAUACAGUUUGGAACUCCACUUCUGCUAGAAAAUGUUGGAGAAGAACUAGACCCAUCACUUGAACCUCUGCUACUUAAACAGACUUUUAAACAAGGAGGCAUGGAUUGUAUCAGGCUUGGUGAGAGCAUUAUUGAGUAUUCCAGUGAUUUCAAAUUUUUUAUUACCACAAAAUUGAGAAAUCCACAUUAUAUGCCGGAACUGGCUACAAAAGUUUCUUUACUCAAUUUUAUGAUAACACCAGAGGGACUUGAAGACCAAUUGCUGGGUAUUGUUGUAGCAAAGGAGAGACCAGAAUUAGAAGAGGAAAGAAAUUCUCUCAUCCUUCAAUCUGCAGCCAAUAAAAAGCAUCUAAAAGAAAUUGAGAGAAGAAUUUUAGAAACCUUACAGUCAUCUGAAGGGAAUAUUCUGGAAGACGAGACUGCUAUCAUGGUCUUAGAUUCUGCUAAAAUAAUGGCUAAUGAAAUCACAAAAAAACAGCAGAUUGCAGAGAAAACGGAACUGAAAAUAGCUGAAUCUCGAGAAGGCUAUCGACCUAUUGCAAAGCAUUCAUCAGUGCUGUUCUUCAGUAUUGCAGACCUGGCAAACAUUGAUCCCAUGUACCAGUACUCCCUUAGCUGGUUUGUCAACCUCUUCAUCAACUCUAUUCAUGAUAGUAACAAAUCCAAAAUUUUGGAGAAGCGCCUUCGAUACCUAAAUGACCACUUUACAUACAAUUUGUAUUGCAAUGUGUGUCGAUCACUGUUUGAAAAGGACAAGCUGCUCUUUUCCUUUUUACUAUGCUGUAAUCUUCUAAUGGCUAAGAAUGAAAUAGAACGUCAAGAGUUUAUGUUCUUGCUAACUGGGGGUGUGGGUCUCAAGAAUAAAUACAAGAACCCAGAUCCCUCUUGGCUGCCAGAUAAGAGUUGGGAUGAAUUAUGUCGUGCAGCUGAAAUCCCAGCUUUUAAAGGACUGAGGAGUCAUGUCUCUGAAAAUACAGGCGAGUGGCAAAAAAUCUAUGACAGCAAAGAGCCACAAAGCUUUCCAUUACCAAAACAAUUCAGUAAUACAUUAAAUGAAUUACAAAAGAUGAUAAUCCUUCGGUGCUUAAGACCAGACAAGAUUGGUCCAGCUAUAACAACAUUUGUAACCGAUAAGCUGGGGAAGAAAUUUGUAGAGCCACCACCAUUCGAUCUAACAAAAAGUUACUUAGAUUCAAAUUCUACAAUCCCAUUAAUAUUUGUGCUAUCUCCAGGAGCAGAUCCCAUGUCCAGCCUCCUGAAAUUUGCAAAUGACAAAAAGAUGGUUGGAAAUAAGUUUCAGUCUAUCUCACUGGGACAAGGACAAGGACCCAUAGCUACAAAAAUGAUUCAAGAAGGAAUGGAAGAAGGAACCUGGGUUUGUUUACAGAAUUGUCAUUUAGCUGUCUCCUGGAUGCCAAUGCUAGAGAAAAUAUGUGAAGAGUUUAGCAGUGAAAACUGCCAUCCGUUUUUCAGGCUUUGGCUUACUAGUUACCCUUCACCAAAGUUUCCAGUAACCAUUCUGCAGAAUGGAGUAAAGAUGACAAAUGAACCUCCGACUGGUCUCCGGUUAAACCUACUUCAGUCAUUUCUUUCUGAUCCUAUUUCUGAUCCUGCGUUCUUCUGUGGGUGCCCUGAAAAGGAGCUGGUAUGGGAGAAACUGCUCUUUGGAGUUUGCUUUUUCCAUGCUGUUGUUCAGGAGAGAAGAAAAUUUGGACCUCUUGGUUGGAAUAUACCCUAUGGAUUUAAUGAAUCAGACUUGCGAAUCAGCGUUAGACAGUUGCAGCUAUUCAUAAAUGAGUAUAGCCAUGUUCCAUUUGAAGCUGUAUCUUACCUUACUGGUGAAUGUAACUAUGGAGGUCGAGUGACGGAUGACUGGGACAGACGUUUACUACUGACAAUGCUGGAUGACUUUUAUAAUCCAGAUAUAGUUGAAAAUCCUCGUUACACUUUUUCUCCCAGUGGCAACUACUAUGCUCCACCAAAAGGCACGUAUGAGGACUACAUUGAAUUUAUUAAGAAUCUUCCCUUUAGUCAGCAACCAGAGAUAUUUGGUUUGCAUGAAAAUGUUGAUAUUUCAAAAGACCUUCAGCAAACAAAGAUCCUCUUUGAAUCUUUGCUUUUAACACAAGGAGGAGGCACUCAGGGAGGUUCUUCUGGAGGUGGUGACAGCACUCUUUAUGAAAUUGCGGAUGAUAUUCUCAGCAAGCUUCCAAAUGAUUUUGAUAUUGAAGGUUGCCUAAUUAAAUACCCUGUGAGAUAUGAAGAAAGUAUGAACACUGUGCUGGUGCAAGAAAUGGAGAGAUUUAACAAUUUAAUACGAACUAUCCGUAUCACAUUAAGUAAUCUGAAGAAAGCCAUUAAAGGAUUGGUUGUUAUGGAUUCUGAACUGGAGGCUCUCUGUGGCAGUCUGCUUGUUGGAAAAGUUCCUGAGAAUUGGGCUAAACGUUCGUACCCAAGCCUAAAACCAUUAGGCAGCUAUAUCCUAGACUUUCUAGCAAGGCUGAAAUUUUUACAGGAUUGGUAUGAAUUAGGGAAGCCCACGGUUUUUUGGCUCUCAGGAUUCUAUUUUACUCAGGCUUUUUUAACUGGAGCUUUGCAAAACUAUGCUAGGAAGUACACAAUCCCUAUUGACCUUCUGGGAUAUGAAUUUCAGGUUAUACCUCAGGAUACCUCUGAUACUGCACCAGAAGAUGGUGUUUAUAUCCAUGGAUUGUUUUUAGAUGGAGCUCGCUGGGACAGAACCCAAGGAAUGUUAGCUGAACAGUAUCCCAAAUUGCUCUUUGAUGUCAUGCCAAUCAUCUGGAUAAAACCAACUGCAAAAUCAGACAUAACGAAGUCUAAUGCAUAUAUUUGCCCACUCUACAAGACAAGCGAGCGUAAAGGAGUCUUAUCUACUACUGGACAUUCUACUAACUUUGUUAUAGCCUUAACUCUUAACACGGAUAAACCAGUCCAGCACUGGAUCAAGCGAGGUGUUGCAUUGCUCUGCCAGCUGGAUGACUGACUUUGGACAGUUCAGAUACAGACUUCACAAGAUGCCUUUCUUUUCAUUCCCUUACAGAGGAAUUGUAGCGUACUGUGUCAAAGAAGCAUCCUGAUAUGCUUUUUAUAUUAAAAAAAGGCAUGGAAAUGUUUUCUGAUCUCCAAUAUUUUGCCUUUCCCCAAUUAUUUGCCCCAAGAUUAGCACCUCUACAAUGUAUAAAAGAUACAACUAGGACUUUAGCCUUUUGUAACAUUAUUAAUGUGUAAACAUCAAUUUUAUGUAUUACUUGAGUAUCACAAAAUAUAUCUUAAUGGAAAAUGAGAA